AUGAGCGAUCUGGGCCUGCAAACACCAAGCGACAACACUGAGGCGCAACAGCUCCUGUAUAUUACCACCAAAGACCACUCUUUCAAGCAACAUGCCAACAAGCCCCGUGGCACAAAACGUUACAAAACUUCAAAGCAGUUGAUCACCGACGAGAUUCGGUACCUUCAAAGCAAGAAGCUUGAAAUCGACACGCCCACGUGGACGUCGAUCGUUGCACCUCCCAGUUUGAAGCCCCAAAAGCAUUACUGUGAUAUCACUGGUCUUGAAGGUAAAUACAAGAGCCCAGCAAACGCGUUACGGUUUCAUAACGUUGAGAUAUACCAGGAGGUGAUCAAGCACAUGCCGCCGGGCGUUGAUCAGGAAUACUUGAGUUUGAGAGGCGCCAACGUUGUGCUCAAGUAG